AAAAUUUUUCGUCCUACAAAAUAAUUAUCAAGAAUUUUAUGAAAAAAAAGAUACUGUAAAGAAAAAUGCAAGCAGUGGUCUUGUUUGCAAUAAAGAUCCAAUACGGGCACCAGCUCAUGUUCAUGCAUCGGUUCGUGAUAAUACUCAACCUAAGAUUCGUACGUUUUAUAAGAGAAAAGGUUAUUGUGAUUUUGGCGAUAGUUGUAAAUUUUUACAUGAUAGUUCUGAUAAUAAAUAUGAAUGGCAACAUAAACAAGAAUGGAAUGUACAGUCUUCCAGUCAAAUGUUAGAUAUUCCAUAUGUAUCACUAUAUUUGUAG